UGCAUAGAGUAUAACAAACCUUCAAGUAUUACAUCCAAAUUUUGCAGCUCGACUCUUUGCCCUUCCAACUUUCCAAUACCAGAAAUGUCCUGGUUUGAAUGAUUUGGUUUUUUAGCAGGAUUGGAACCCAAUGAACUAUCAUCAUCAUCGCUGUCGAAUGUUUUCAGUUUUUGUUUCUUCUUAAUCUUAAAUGUAACGCAAUAAUUAUAAUUUAUUACACAAAAUAACAUAGUCAAGUGCAAUGUAAUUAUAAGAAAAGUAGUGUGUUUAUCAAUGUUGUACAACAUUCAUAAUAAUAAUAGGUAAUACGUAUUACCUCAACUUUAUCUUCAUCAGAAUCUGAACUGAGAAGAUGACGCGAAAGUGGUACAUAGCUUCCCUCUAUCUGGAAUAAUAUUAUAAGAUAAUUGGAAAAAAAUACUUAAAUAAAUACGAAUUAUUAUGUAAACUACUCAUUAUGACAAUUAAAAGUAAACAAUUUUAAUAUUAAAGGAAAAAAAUAUGAAUGAAGUCAACCACACACCUUUCUUCUUGUCAAUUUGCUCUUAUUUUUUGCUACUUGUUCUUCCAUUUUCUUAUCAUCAAUAAGCUGUUUGUGCUGUUCGGACUUUUGUAUAUUUUUUCCAGAAUUUUGAUUAGUGUCAGAUAUUAUAAUUACUCUUCUUGGUGAUAACAAACUGUCCAUUACUUUUAAUUUUUUUUUCUAAUAUUGACACACGUGCUAAACAAUUUCAAAAAAAUUAUUAGGUUAUGGUCAUGAGGAUUCGUUAGAAUCCGUGAGAAAUAUAAUCACACUUAAUUAAUUACAGCUUCUUACAUAGACAAAUGUUUUAAAUUUUAUUACCUGCAAUUUCUGCUACAACGACAUCAUAACACUUCCAACCUCCCUUAGGUUUUUUACCGCAUCGCCACUCAACAACAUAGGACUCAUCUGGGUCUUCACAAACAUUAAAUUCUUCGAUAUUGAAGUUUCUAAUCCAAGUUAUAGGAACGCCUGGAGUAUAUUUUCCUUUAUCUUCACCAUCCAGCCAUUUUACUAACGCGAACUUAGGUGGAUCCAUUAUUAUUGAAAUAGAUAUUUGAAACCACCCGGUCUUAAAUGAAGAUAUUAUUGAUAGUUUUUAUGCAAUUUGAUAAAAGGAAAUAGAUUCAAAUAUUAUCACCAAACUUUAAUACAAUUAUGAAUAUUUACUUAGACAUAUAAUCACACUUAAAUAUUAGCUUAUAUAGUUACACUUUCACAUAAAAUAUCCAGUUGGCGUCAAAAUUAAAGAAGUAUCCACAAUACAAAAACGUUAUGAAUAACUACACAUUCAGCACGUCAUACGCACGUUUCAACAUGUAUACUUAUUACUAAACAAAUCGUCUGCGCAUGAUCAGUAUCGCAGUGACAAAGAAAGCGCAAGAUGUGUUAGCCCUACUAUCCAUGGUUAAUUCCGUCAUUCUCUGUUUCUCUUUAUCAAUUCCUUAACGUUCACAAAACAAAAGCGAGCGCGAAUUUCAACUGGACACUGUUUAAUAGAAAAAUUAAAUUAAAGAGGUUUUAACUAAAUAAAGUAAGACUUUAUUUUAAGGUUGACUGUAAUGAUUCAUGAUCAUAUUUUUAAUCAAAGUGUAAUAUAUAACAGUGCAAAUUGUUGUCAGUAAUGAAUUCAUCCAAUUCUUUCCGUGUUUCGAGAAGAAGACGAGCAUACCGAUUAUACGAAUCAUUUGGGAAUACAGAAUCUAUUCCCGACAGAACAAGGAGAUAUUGGGCAAAAAAGAGACGUGAUGAAAGGUACGUAAAUAUACAAUGUGGCCAUUACAAUCAUUCUGAUUUUGAUAUCUAAAUUGCAGGGAAAGUUUAGCAGGAAAUGAUGAUCAAUGUGAGGUUAUUAAUGAAGAUCUUAAUGCUUCUGAUAUGCAUGAAUUUGAGCUACCAACUGAUCCAGUAAACAAUGUAGCCUCUACUUCUUUGAAUCACGAUCAUAACCGAUCUAAUGCAUCACAUCAGAAUGAGGAAAACAUCGUAUUUUCAGAUGAGAAUUCAAUUCAUGAUAAUGAAUCUAAUGAUUCUACAAGUGAUGAAGAAACUGCAUCAAUAAAUAACAAUGUGAACAUGUCAGAUUCGUUCAGUGAAAAUUUAGAUUCAUCAACACCCCAACAUUCACCAUUACGUUAUUCCGAAUUUUCGAUGGAUGUUUUAAUCCAAACUUUAUUAGUGAUUGCAUCAAAACUUCGUCAUAAUUUAACUUAUGCUGCAACUGAAUCUAUGAUGAACGUAAUUGAGGCUUUAUCUGAGUCACCAACUACACAUAAUUCCAAAUAUUAUUUUAAGAAGAUCAUGUCAAGAUUCUCACAGCUAAUGAGUAUUCAUCAUUUAUGCUGUCAUUGUGGACAUUACAUAGGAGCACAUGCCGAAAUUGUAAGAAAUGCUGAAGAAUUAUUCAAUUGUACAGAGUGUCACAAAACUAUUAGUACUACUGUUGAUACAGCAUCUGGAGAUAUUUUUAUAUACAUGAAUUUAAAGGACCAACUGCGUGAUAUUUUAGAGUUAUCGCGUGAUGGUGAUUUAUAUUAUGAUAGUCGUCAAAAAAUUAAUAAUCACGCCAUUGAAGAUAUAUUUGAUGGUUCUUCAUACAAAAAAAAUAACAGCCAAAAUAUGAUUAGUAUCAACUUUAGUCUGGACGGUGCAUCAAUAUUUGAGCAUUCAGAUUUUUCUAUUUAUCCAUUAUUAUGCACGCUGAAUGAAUUGUCACCUCGACAACGUGGACAGAACAUAAUGUUGGUAGCACUAUGGUUCGGCAGAGGGAAGCCGAAAUCUAUGAAUAACUUUCUCAAACCUUUUAUAAAUGAAACAAUAGAUUUAUAUAAUAAUGGUUUCCAAUAUUCUCGCGAAGGACGACUGUAUACAAAAAAAUGUCGAGUUCUUAUUUGCAUGUGCGACUCAGUCGGAAGACCUCUCAUUCAAAAUUCGACGCAAUAUAAUGGAAACUAUGGAUGUAGUUAUUGCCUUCAUAAGGGCUAUCUAAUUGAUAAAGGAAACGGAAGAGUUCGAGUAUACCCCGUAGAUGAAGAAAGAAAUGGAUAUGGAGACGGGCUUCGUAAUCAUGAAGAUACUCUAUUGCAUGCUGAUGCUUGUGAUAAAGGAAUUAAAGGUUAUUCCAAUUUAUGUGACAUUCCUUAUUUCAACAUAAUUGAUAAUUUUGCCCCAGAUUGGAUGCAUUGUGUUGCAUUAGGCGUAUGUAAACAGUUCGCAAAAUUAUGGUUUGAUUCUCAAUAUCACGAAGAACUUUUUUACGUUGGCCGUCAAACUGCCUUUGUUGACUCUAUUUUAUCAUCUUAUAAGCCAAACAGUGAAAUAUCUCGUACACCACGUGCAAUAUCUGAUAGACUUAAAUGGAGAGCUCAUGAAUGGGCGAUUUGGUUGCUAUUCUACAGUUUACCAAUUUUAAAGUCAGUAUUACCAAAAAAAUAUGUUGAUCACUGGGCAUUACUUGUCAAUAGUAUAUCUAUCUUAUUAGAAACUUCUGUUAUGCGAUCUAAAUUAGUCUUGGCAGAACGAGAUUUACUUCAAUUUGUAAAUGAUGUUCCAACUUUGUACUCUGUAGAACAUGUAUCGUUCAAUAUUCGUCUAUUACUGCAUUUAACAAAUAGUGUAUUCAAAUGGGGACCCCUUUGGACACACAGCAUGUUUCCAUAUGAAGAUUUUAAUAAAGAGUUGAAAUCUUUAGUAAAAAGCUCUCAAGGAGUGUCACUCCAAAUCUGUAAUACUUUUCAACAAAAAUGUGCUUUAGUGCGACUUUAUAACGUUUGCUCAGAAUACCUUUCAGAUAUUCAGAGAAGAUGUUUAAAUAAUAUUUUAAAGAAAAAAGAGCCUCCUCGAAUUUCUUUGAGCUUGUAUGGUGUGUCUGUAAUAGGAGAAUCACUUCCAAUUGAUAUUUUACCGAGAAAUUAUUAUUUAGCAUUACAGAGAAUAAACAUUGCAGUAGAAAGUUCCCAAAAUAUCCAAUAUUUUCGAAGAAUAAUGAUUCAAAAUGAGAUAAUAUGUUCCAAAACGUAUAAAAAAUUUAAAAACAGAAGAAAUUAUGUAGUAAUGUUGAAAAAUUGUGAAAUUUUUGAAAUUGAAGAAUUUGUAGUAAUUACUAUAGGAGAUACACUCGAAUGUUAUGCUUUAGGGAUAUAUUUUAAUGAUUAUCAUCAUAAUGUAUUUGGAACCCCAAUAAACCAUAUGGUUUUUUUGAAUGCAGCAUGUGAAGAUUUAUCAGCUGUAAAUGUUACAAUGAUAAAAGAAAAAGUAACCUUAAUUGAAAUUCCACAAUCAUCAAUACUUGUAUCUUGUAGACAUCCAAAUCACAAUGAAUUUCUCAUGUAACAAAAUUUAAAAAGAACUAAUAAAACAUGUUUUCUAAUAUUAAUUUAUAAAGAGACUUAUGAUUUUUUAAUAUUUUAAUCUAAUAAUACUAAUAGGCAUUGUUAAAUAUAUGCGUAAACCGCUAGAGAAAGCAUCCAUCAAAAUAUUUAU